AUGCUAGCCACUCUCACUAGCCGUAAGCCUCUGAAAAUCACCAAGGUCCUGCCCGUCUCCGAUACUAUACCUUGGGGCUCUCCAUAUGUCCCAGGUAGCACAGCACCGGCAGCAUUAAGCCUUUCAUAUGGCAACUUCACUUUAGCUGGUAAAGUGAGCGGCUAUGCUGAUGUGACCUUCACUGCCAACAGCCUUGGGACUGCACUGGAGACAGUCGCCGUCACGUACCACAACUACUCUGACAAUGGCGAAAACUUUAUUGCAGGCAGCGAGAGAGUGACUGCUUUGUACCCCAACGCUACGCUUACUCAUGUAGACUGGAUCUCCAACCUAUCAGAUGUUGCUGGGAUUAGCAAGAGUACGAAAGUCACUAGCCCCGGUGGGUUCCAUUUCGAAAUUGACAUUGAGCAAAACAAGUUUUAUGCAAAUGGUACCUUAACAACUACUGUUGAUGGCGUGAUUUAUCGACAGCCUUGUAAUGGGUGUUGA